AUUAUUCAAUGAAAAUAAUCUUUCUUCAUGGUAUCAGAGCCUAACCAAAAACCCUAAUCUCUCCUCCUCUCACUUUUUCGGCCUUCCUCAUCCUUCUCCGAUUCACCGGCGCCAUCGCCCUCCCCCUCCUUCUCUCUCGGCCGGCCUUCUCCUCCUCCCUACCAUGGCUAAAAGUGAGAUCACCUCUCAGUCUACCACUCCAAAAUCUCCCCAUCUGGCUUUCUCUGUCUCCAACGUCAAAUUACAUGUCCCUAUUCAACUCAGCUUUUUCUCAACCAAACUACAAAAAGUGGAGCCGGUUGUUUCUCCUCCUUGCACGUCGGUUCAACCUCCACGGUUAUCUUGAUGGCUCUAUCGUCCCCAUCUUCGACGACGAUGAUGAAUGGUUUCAACUUGACGCCAUUCUCCAGGGUUGGAUUCUCUCCACCAUCACGGAUGAAGUCUCUGAUCUUGUUAUUUCCUCCGUCUCUACUGCCUCUACUCUCUGGAAAAUUAUUCAUGAUCUGUUUCAUGAUAACAAACAUGCUCGCGCCAUGCAACUCGAGCACCAAUUUCGCACCACAGUCAAGGGAUCUACCCCCAUGGCCACUUAUUGUCAAGAACUACGAAAUAUUGCGGAUUGGCUGGACGACGUCGACGCUCCCGUCUCGGAGCACCAAUUAAUUCUUCAGAUGCUACGCGGCCUCCCCGAUGAUCUCCAGGCUCAGACCUCGUUCCUCCAAUUUCAGGAUCCCAUGCCAAGCUUUCUGCUGGUCCGGUCGGCUCUCCUCCUUGAUCGGCAACGGACUCCUCUAGGCAGCACCAGCAGCACGGCGCUGCUGGCAGGGCACGGCGGGAGCAACUACACCGGCAGACAGCACAGCGGCAAUGGCGAGCGUGGCUCCGGCAGUAACUCCGGCAAUGGGGGGACACUUUUUUGGCAGCAACUAUGGUGAUGGUUCAUCCUCCGGGCAGCG